AUGGACCCCCUCGGCGAGGCACUGCCCACUGUCAGGGAUCUCCUCCAGGGCCUUCCGCCGAUGGCUCGACGCGACUUCCGGCACCCCAGACUGCGCCAGCUCCCGGGGAGCGGUGCACAAAUCAAUUGGCUGGAGUAUCUCGGCCGCGGAAUACAGGGAAUCGUCUACAAAGCCACCUUGGGCGAUGACGAUCCCGUCGCCGUGAAAAUCAGGGACCCCAAGGGACCCCAAACAUUCGAGGGUGCCGUGAGCAACUUUUACGCCUUUUACGCAUUCAGCGAUGCGCCACGCCGGUCACAGUACGGCCCAGCAGGCCAGGACGCGAAGCCGCCGCCGCCGUUCCCAGCACUACCCGGGUGCUACGGGUGGAUGAGAGUCAAGCGGGGCUCGUUUCUCAAGCUUAAGCCCCCGGUCUGGGAAUGUGGGGAGGCGAACGAGGAUGUCGACUGGCAUUGCGCAGCAGGAUCUUGCCGGUUUGGAGAGGUAGCCAACAACCUCAGCUCUAAUAGUACACGGCAUGUCACUUCCCCCGGCGGCGCUCUCGCCUCGGCCAGGUCUAGCCCAUCCAACACCGCGUCCUUCCUCACCGCCGUCGUUGCCGGCAACGGCGACAGCAGCAGCACCCAGACCCACGCCAGACGUCUCCUCGGAGCUGAGAACGACUCCAUCACGAAGCGGGCGACUGUCAGGUGCACCAACUUCGAGACCAUCAAGAAAGACAAGCUCAAGUUCGCGCCGGGCUGCCAGCACACCACUGGCGGAGGACCGGGUGCCCCAUGA